AUGGUGUCUGUGACCCUGCUUCUCAUGGUCAUUACCCUCAGUGUGGUUCUGCACAAAGUCUUUCAGGUGACACAGGGGCUACAGGAGGAAGUUGUUCAACUCGGGGACAAAGUGAUACAGGGAUUGGGAGACGCCAAACAUGACCGGGACUUCAUCAGGGGCGAGAUGUUCCGGCAAAUGGAGAGGGUGCAGGAAGGCAAGGUUGUACAGGGACUGGCAGAUGCUAGACACCAUCAGGACCUCAUCCGGGGAGAAAUGUUCCGGCUAAUGGAGGCUGUGCAAGCAGGCAAUGGGUCUACUUGCAAGGCCUGCCCCAAUGAAUGGAGCACAUUUGAGGGGUCCUGCUAUUACUUUUCCACUGAUGAACUCAACUGGUAUGAUGCCAACGAUGACUGUACCCACCAGGGGGCUCACCUAGUCAUCAUCAGCAGCCAAGCAGAACAGAAUUUCCUGAAUUCAGCUAAAGAUGUAUACUACUGGAUUGGCCUCACCAGAAAGUAUCCAAUGGGUACCUACAAGUGGCAAGAUGACUCAGCCCCCACCUACACGUGA